UUCUUCCUUUCUGUCACAAGGUGGCACUGUUUACCAGAUGUUGGCUUCAACACAGUGAUGGCCUAACCCAGACGUGUAAAGGGAUUGCAAACUAAUACAUGCAAUGUCACAGAUUACACUUUUGUAUUUAAAAAGAAUAUGCCUACUAAAACGAUACGGAGAUAAACUUCAGUAGAGAUGGAGAUGUGAAACAAAUACAAUUUCAGUGACAAUUAAAAACUUUACUAUCAGUAAGUACAGGUUUGCUCAUUGCGUUGUCAUGCUAUAGACUACUUAUAAAGUCCUAUAUGUGCCUGCCAGGCUUAUAUGCCUUUAAACCGGGCAGUGUGGACAGCACAGACACAAACAGUGUCCGGUUGCAGACCGGUUCCAACACAAUUCCCCUCUGCCAUCAGUCAAAUGUCUAUUUUGGUCCAUGGGGCUCAGCUGAUUGUGGGCCUUAAGGUUCUGGCCCUCCCUGCUUUUUUUUUUCUUUAGUCAGUUGUUCAGGCUUAUUAGGAAAAGAGGGAGGUCUGACAGCAGAGGAGAGUGGUGGAUGUUCAGUCCAGUGCUGAGGGGUGUAGCUCUGUAGGUUACAACAGAAGUCGCCGAGGUGAGUACAUUUUGCUGGCUGGCUGUUUCCUGCCAUCCCUGUGCGGGAUUAGCCUACUGUCAAGCCCUCCUCGGUUGGGAUACUGCACCUUCAGCCUGACAGGACCCUCCAAGUGCUGUUUAUUCUCCAAACUAAGACCACUUUUACUCAGUGGUCGAAUAUCACCAGAAGCAAACUUCAAUAACCAACUUCAGAUUAUUUGAUCCACGUCCUCCCAUCUGGUGGAGGAUGGAGACGAGUCCCAUCCCGGUGGUGACGGUCCAAACCGCCCCCUUCGAGGACCAGCGGCCCGGUACCAACGGGUUGCGGAGGAAGACAGCGGUGUUCGAGGGGAAGAAGAACUACCUGCAGAACUACAUCCAGAGCUUGCUGUCCUCCAUCGACCUGCGGGACCGGCAGGGCUGCACCAUGGUGGUGGGCAGCGACGGCCGCUACUUCAGCCGGGCUGCCACCGAAGUGAUCGUGCAGAUGGCAGCUGCCAACGGGAUUGGUCGUCUGGUUAUCGGCCACAACGGCCUCCUGUCCACCCCCGCUGUUUCCUGCAUCAUCAGGAAGAUCAAGGCCAUCGGUGGGAUCAUCCUCACAGCUAGCCACAACCCUGGAGGCCCCAGUGGAGACUUUGGAAUCAAGUUUAAUGUGGCAAAUGGAGGCCCGUCUACGGACACAGUGAUGGAGAGGAUCUGCCAGGUGAGCCGGACACUUGAGGAGUAUGCCAUCUGCCCCGACCUCCACAUUGAUCUGUCCAGGCUGGGAAGGCAAGAAUUUGACCUGGAGAACAAGUUCAAACCAUUCAGAGUGGAGAUUGUUGACUCAGUUGAGGUGUAUCUACAGCUGCUGAGAAACAUCUUUGACUUCAGUGCCAUUAAAAGUCUUCUCACAGGACCAGAUCAACUCAAGAUACACAUAGAUGCCAUGAACGGAGUGAUGGGCCCUUAUAUACGUAGGAUCCUGUGUGAAGAGUUGGGAGCUCCGGCUAACUCUGCUGUCAACUGUGUCCCUCUGGAGGACUUUGGGGGCCGACCCCCGGAGCCCAGCCUGAUUUACGCCACCUCUCUGGUAGAAGCCAUGAAAGGAGGGGACUUGGGCUUUGGAGCUGCAUUUGACGCAGAUGGGGACCGGUAUAUGAUCCUGGGAGAAAACGGCUUCUUUGUGAACCCGUCGGACUCUGUGGCCAUCAUGGCUGCCAACCUGUCCUCCAUCCCUUACUUCAGACAGCUGGGAGUCAAGGGCUUUGCCAGGAGUAUGGCCACCAGCACCGCCCUCGACAGGGUAGCCAAAGCCAUGAAACUGGCGCUGUAUGAGACUCCCACAGGCUGGAGGUACUUUGGGAACCUGAUGGAUACUGGGCGUUGUUCCCUCUGCGGGGAGGAGAGCUUCGGGACAGGUUCAGACCACAUUCGUGAGAAAGAUGGACUGUGGUCGGUGUUGAUGUGGCUGUCCAUCAUGGCCGCCAGGAAACAAAGUGUUGAGCAGAUCGUCAAAGAACACUGGGCCAAAUUUGGACGUAACUACUUCUGCAGGUUUGACUAUGAAGGCCUGGAACCACGCGCAGCCUUUUACUUGAUGAGGGACCUGGAGUCAGUAAUGUCAGACAAAGCAUUCACCAGCCAGAAGUUUGCUGUGGGAGACCACGUCUACAGCGUGGAGAGGGCCGACAACUUUGAAUACAUCGACCCCGUGGACGGAAACGUGGCUCGGAACCAGGGCUUAAGGAUUGUCUUCACGGAUGCUUCCCGCCUGGUGUUUCGGAUGAGUGGGAGCGGUGGAGGGACGGGGGCCACCGUCCGCAUCUAUGCAGAGAGCUUCGAGAGAGACCCUGAGAGACACAACAGAGAGACACAGGUGGUGCUCGGUCCUCUCAUCGCCAUCGCUCUGAAGAUCUCCAACGUCCAUGAGAGGACCGGGCGCCGUGGUCCUAACGUCAUCACAUGAGCAACCAGGAAAACUCACAAUCACAUGCACGCACACAACUAACUGCUCACACAGACAUAACACAUUUUCCUGUACCCUCUGCAAUUUUCAAAAUUCCUUUUUGUCUAGCUUCAUAGUCAUUUGUAUUCUUUAAAUGAAACUUGAUGGGGUUGUUUUCGCUAAAAAAGCACAAUGUUUUCUCAAUUGUUCAUAGACCACUAACAUAUGUCAGACAUAGAAAACACCAGUCUAAACCAGGGAGGUUCUUUCAUUAUUGCCAUGAAUAAAUAAUGAAAAUUAGCAAACAGAAAAACCUUUAUGAUUGUGCAGACUUACUGUUAAUGUUUGUAACUUGCAGUUGAAAAGACUUCUUGGCUAAGGGCAGCCUUAGAUCAUUUUUUUAAUUCACCAUGCUGUUUUUGUAUAAAAGUGCCGUGUUCACUUGUCAUUUAGCUUGUAUACCUGUCCUGUCAUAUUAUGUCAUUUCCUUUAACCAUUUCAUGCAGAAAUAAUCACUCGUCUAAGUGUAAAAUAAAACAUGUCAAGCAUAAAACCUAAUAUAUCAGUGAAUUGAUUUGCAAUUAGUUUAUGUUUGAUAUAAAAUAACGUGAAUGCAUAUCUUGCUCGAUGAAGAAGCGGGAGGAUGUUAGACUAUUCAAAAUGUAAGAUAACCAAGUGAGCCCAGAGGCAAUGAAAAUAUAUAUUUGAAAUACUUUUGCUAAUCUGGCAUUAUUUUAAAUGUAUCAGUUUAUGCCUUUUGGGAAUGCUGUAUAA